AUGCCACCAGCUGUUAGGAUUCCAGGAUAUGUUGAACUAGUAGUGGGCUUAGAUGAUGAGGCAGAGAUUAUAAUUAAACGACUCACAAGAGGAACUAAACAUUUGGAUGUGGUUUCGAUUGUGGGUAUGCCUGGAUUAGGCAAAACUACUUUAGCAAAGAAAAUGUAUCAUCAUUCCCGCAUCUCUCAUCAUUUUGAUGUCCGUAGCUGGUGUACUGUAUCUCAAGUACACAACAAAAAGAAUUUGUUGGUUGAGAUUUUAAGUGGUCUUGACAAAGAUCUUGCUGACGGGUACUCAAAAAUGAGCGAAGAUGAUUUGGCUGAUAGGCUCUAUAAACGCUUGAAGGGCUUAAAAUAUCUCAUCGUCUUGGAUGAUGUUUGGGAUGCUCAAGUUUGUAGUAGCUUGAAGAUUUCGUUCCCGACUGAUACAGCGGGUUGUCGGAUUCUCCUCACCAGCCGGCACGAGAAUAUUGCUUUGCAAAUCAAUCCAAAAUGUGAACCUCAUCACCUUCGUGCACUAACGGAUGAUGAGAGUUGGGAUUUGUUUAAAAUGAAGGCAUGUUUUGAAGAUGGCUAUUCAUCAGAGCUAGUUGCACGCGGGAGAACAAUUGCACAACGUUGCAAGGGAUUGCCUCUGAUGAUUUUAAUUAUUUCUGGGUUACUUGCGAAUACCGAGUUAGAUAAGUGGGAAGAAGUUGAAGAAAUCCUGAAGAAAGAUGUGAAAUGCAAUGAAGAAUCCUUCAUUCAUCGCUUAUUUGCUCAUGAGCUUCAUAUUUCCAUCGAGAAUGGCACGGUAAACAGGUUGAUUGCUGAUUCUAGGGGAGUGGAGGAAUUCGCGAAACCGACAUUGCUCUGGCCUCAUUUACGCACUCUGUUGCUGGCAAAUAACUCUGGAAAUCUUACAGUAGCUCGAAAUUGGCAGGGUGUCAUACACAAGCUUUGCCAGUCGGAACAUCUAAGCGUUUUGGAUUUAAGGGAACUAUGUGAGUUCGACAUCUUUCCAGAAGAGAUUUUAGUACUUGUCCACCUGAAAUACUUAGCCUUCCCUGUUACAUAUGAUUCACAUACCAUUCCACCAUCAAUUUCCGAUCUAUCGAAUUUGGAGACUUUGAUUGUUCAUGGUGGUGACAGGGUUAUGUUGCCAGAUACCCUGUGGAGUAUGAAAAAGUUAAGGCAUCUAGAAGGACCAGAAGAGUGGAUAUUGCCAUCGCCGCGAGAGAUCCCUGGAAUUGUUUACAAAUUUGAGAAUCUGCAGACUUUAAAGGAUGCAACAUUUUGUUGUAACCAACAGAUGAUGGAAGUGCUGAAAAUUUUACCCAAUCUCCGUCGACUAGGUUGUUGUCUCGAUCUCGAUGAAGAAUACACUGAGGAGGAGUUCUUCACUGUAACAUUUGAUCUUUUGAGCCAGCUUGAAUCCCUCCACAUCCAACUCAUGGAUGAUGUUCCUGCUUAUCAACUUCAGUUUCGAUUUCCACAGAGACUAAAGAAGCUAACUCUGAUCGACGUGGUUCUUCCAUGGAGUGAAAUUUCAGCAAUUGAUAAACUGCCAAAUCUUGAAGCCCUCACACUGCAUUAUGCAUUUAUUGGGCUAGAUUGGGACAAGGAAGAAGAAGAAGGGACAUUCCCCAAGCUCAAGUUUUUGAAACUAAGGUACUUGAGUCUAGAUAGAUGGACUGCCUCGGAUGAUAGUUUUCCGUCUAUUGAGACAUUGAUUCUAGAAGAGUGCUAUUCUUUAGACAAGAUCCCUUCUUGCAUUGCCCAGAGUUCAACUCUUCAGAUGAUUAAGGUAAAGCAGUGUCCACAAAUCGUUAAUUCGAUAAAAGAGAUUUAUGAAAUGCAGAUGGAUAUGGGAAACGAGGACAUAAAGAUAUAUCUUGAAGGCCAACAAUUAACCACCGAGUAA